ACCAUAAACAUGGUGUGUUCCUCCCUGAGGAAGUUAUGCACGGGAAACAAGGAGGACACCUGCCUUUGGCAGGCGGUCAGGACCUGUUAAGUGGAAUUCUGUUUAUCACUGCUGGGGGCUGCUGAGAACCCCUUUGGGGAAGAACUCCCCCAAACCCGUUGCCAGCAGAAUAACUCUGGUCAUCUGACUCUUAACGGGAUCAAGAGCUUUGCCAUCGAUUUUGUUAGCACCGGUAUCACUUACAACCCUUAGCUGAGUCCAGAUAACAGCCAAAAGACCAGCAUGUCCAGUGCCUGUGCCGUCACCGCUAAGUACCGUUGACAAGAGCUUCGUGCACCUUUCAGACUGUGUACGGAGAGGAGCUACAGUAGAUGGAUCCCUCCAUCAGCCUUCAUCAUGGUCCCACUGCUCCUGUCCCUGCUGGCAGCCUUGACCCAGGUCCCUGUGGCCUUCGCUGACGCCCUGGAAAGGGACAGUUCCGAAGACCGGGCCUUCCGAGUACGCAUCGCGGGCGACGAGCCACUGCAGGGCGUGCUCGGCGGCGCCCUCACCAUCCCGUGCCACGUCCACUACCUGAGGCCGCCGCCCAGCCGCCGGGCUGUGCUGGGCUCUCCGCGAGUCAAGUGGACCUUCCUGUCCGGGGGCCGGGAGGCCGAGGUGCUGGUGGCGCGCGGGGUGCGCGUCAAGGUGAGCGAGGCCUACCGGUUCCGCGUGGCGCUGCCCGCCUACCCUGAGUCCCUCACGGAUGUCUCCCUGACGCUGAGCGAACUGCGGCCCAACGACUCGGGCAUCUACCGCUGCGAGGUCCAGCACGGCAUCGAAGACAGCAGCGACGCGGUGGAAGUCAAGGUCAAAGGGGUCGUCUUCCUUUACCGGGAGGGUUCGGCCCGCUAUGCCUUCUCCUUCACUGGGGCCCAGGAGGCCUGCUCCCGCAUCGGGGCCCACAUUGCCACCCCUGAGCAGCUUUACGCCGCCUACCUCGGGGGCUACGAACAGUGUGAUGCCGGCUGGCUGUCGGAUCAGACCGUCAGGUAUCCUAUCCAGACCCCCCGAGAGGCCUGUUAUGGAGACAUGGACGGCUUCCCUGGGGUGCGGAACUAUGGGGUAGUGGACCCGGAUGACCUCUAUGAUGUCUACUGUUAUGCUGAAGACCUAAAUGGAGAGCUAUUCCUGGGUGCCCCCCCAGAUAAGCUGACAUUGGAGGAGGCAAGGACAUACUGCCAGGAACGGGGGGCUGAGAUUGCCACCACGGGUCAGCUGUACGCAGCCUGGGAUGGUGGCCUGGACCGCUGCAGCCCAGGCUGGCUGGCUGACGGCAGUGUGCGCUACCCCAUCGUCACCCCCAGUCAGCGGUGUGGAGGAGGCCUGCCUGGCGUCAAGACCCUCUUCCUCUUUCCCAACCAGACUGGCUUCCCCAACAAGCACAGCCGCUUCAAUGUCUACUGCUUCAGAGACUCUGCCCAGCCCUCUGCCAUCCCUGAGACCUCACCCCCGGCCUCUGAUGGAUUGGAGGCUAUCGUCACCGUGACCGAGACCCUGGAGGAGCUGCAGCUGCCUCAGGACAGGGUGGAGAGCGAGUCUCGUGGGGCCAUCUACUCCAUUCCCAUCAUGGAGGAAGGAGGAGGCGGAAGCUCCACCCCUGAAGACCCUGCAGAGGCCCCUAGGACCCUCCUAGAAUUGGAAACCCAGUCUAUGGCACCUCCCAUGGGGUCCUCGGAAGAGGAAGACAAGUUGUUGGAGGAAGAAGAGAAAUACAAGGAGGAAGAUGGGGAGGAGGAAGAGGAGGAUGAGGCCUUGUGGUCCCGGCCGAGCGAGCUGGGCAACCUGGGCUCAGAGGCACCUCUCCCCACUGACCCUGCUCUGGAGCAGUCACCAUCCCAGGUCUCUCCACCAGCGAGGGUGAUCCCACAGGCUGGUGCACCGCCACAACCUGGUGCGGGGUCAGAGGCUCCCAGGCUCCCGAAGGUCCGUGGGCCACUCACUGAGACCUGGCCUACUCCCAGGUGGGAACUGGCGUCCCCACCACCUUCCACACCAUUUGGGGCAAGAGAGGUGGGGGAAGAGACUGGAGGCCCUGAGCUGUUUGAGACCCCCCGAGGAGAGAGUGAGGAGACAGGGAGCUCCGAAGAGGCCCCUUCCCUGCUUCCAGCCACACGGGUUCCCGAGGCCCCCUAUGAAGACAAUUCCGGAAGAACUGCCCUGGCAGGGACCUCAGUGCCAGCUCAGCCAGUGCUGCCCACUGACAGCGGCAGCCGAGGUGGAGUGGCCGUGGCCCCUGCAUCAGGUGACUGUGUCCCCAGCCCCUGCCGCAAUGGUGGGACAUGCUUGGAGGAAGAGGAAGGGGUCCGCUGCCUGUGUUUGCCUGGCUACGGCGGGGAGCUGUGCGAGUUUGGCCUCCGCUUCUGCAGCCCCGGCUGGGAUGCCUUCCAGGGCGCCUGCUACAAGCACUUUUCCACCCGGAGGAGCUGGGAGGAGGCCGAGACCCAGUGCCGGCUGUACGGCGCGCACCUGGCCAGCGUCAGCACGCCGGAGGAACAGGACUUCAUCAACGAUCGAUACCGGGAGUACCAGUGGAUCGGGCUAAACGACAGGACCAUCGAAGGCGACUUCCUGUGGUCGGAUGGGGUCCCUCUGCUCUACGAGAACUGGAACCCCGGGCAGCCUGACAGCUACUUCCUGUCUGGAGAGAACUGCGUGGUCAUGGUGUGGCAUGACCAGGGACAGUGGAGCGACGUGCCCUGCAACUACCACCUGUCCUACACCUGCAAGAUGGGGCUGGUGUCCUGCGGACCCCCACCAGAUCUACCCCUGGCUCAAGUGUUUGGCCGCCCACGUUUGCGAUAUGAGGUAGACACAGUGCUUCGAUACCGGUGCCGGAAGGGUCUCACCCAGCGAAACCUGCCCCUGAUCCGCUGCCUGGAGAAUGGUCACUGGGAGCCUCCGCAGAUUGCCUGUGUGCCCCAAAGGCCUGCCCGAGCCCUGCGCCCAGUGAAGGCCCCUGGAAGUUCCCCGGAGUGGCUGCUGGAACACAGAAAGGCCCUACUGCCUCAUCCUUCCAGCCCUAAUUCAGGCCCACAGGGGGCAAGGCCUUGAACACUGCUGUGCCCCAGCACUGUCCUCUCACCUACCCAACCCUCCCUUGUGGCACAAUGUUACACAGUAACAGAGGCGGAGCUUGGGUCCAGGUGACAGUGCCUCUUCAUCUUCAUAGAAACACCUGGUUUACUCAGCCCAGCCACCCCCCUCCCACCCUUGCCCUCAGGUUUUUCCCUCAGGGCAACGGGUAAGUCCCUAAGUGCCUCGACUGCUCUCUCUGGAUGCCAGCACGCCUGUCCUCUCCACUCCCCCAAGGGGGCACUGUGACCACGGAGUCUGGGUUUCCAAGAGCAUGAGAUUGCUGGAUGGAGCACUUUUAAACCAGCAGGAAAUAAAACUGGGCUUGAGCCCUGAAAGUUU